GAGAUGCUGAGCCUUCAGGGGAGGAGGAGGAGGCGGCGGCAGCAGAAGAGAGAGCCGGAGAAGGGAGGGAAGGCAGGAAGAGGGCAACCGCAGGCCGGGCCAGGUGGCUGGAUCCGGUGUUGGCUGCGCCGCGCUGCUCUCAGUUCCGACGGCCUCUUAGGCGCUAAGGGCGCCCGGCUGGGCCGGGCCAGCGGCCGGAGGGGAGGCUCCUCUCCAUGGUCCAGAAGACCAGCAUGUCCCGGGGCCCUUACCCACCCUCCCAAGAGAUUCCUAUGGAGGUCUUCGACCCCAGCCCACAGGGCAAAUACAGCAAGAGGAAAGGGCGGUUCAAAAGGUCGGAUGGGAGCACAUCCUCAGAUACAACAUCCAACAGCUUUGUCCGCCAGGGCUCAGCGGAGUCCUACACUAGCCGUCCAUCGGACUCUGAUGUGUCUCUGGAAGAGGACCGGGAAGCCUUAAGGAAGGAGGCAGAGCGCCAGGCAUUAGCCCAGCUCGAGAAAGCCAAGACCAAGCCGGUGGCAUUUGCUGUGCGGACAAAUGUCGGCUACAACCCGUCUCCAGGGGAUGAGGUGCCUGUGCAGGGAGUGGCCAUCACCUUCGAGCCCAAGGACUUCCUGCACAUCAAAGAGAAAUACAAUAAUGACUGGUGGAUCGGGCGACUGGUGAAGGAGGGCUGUGAGGUUGGCUUCAUCCCUAGCCCUGUCAAACUGGACAGCCUGCGUCUGCUGCAGGAACAGAAGCUGCGCCAGAACCGCCUCAGCUCCAGCAAAUCAGGUGAUAACUCCAGUUCCAGUCUGGGAGACGUGGUGACUGGCACCCGCCGCCCCACGCCCCCUGCCAGUGCCAAACAGAAGCAAAAGUCGACAGAGCAUGUGCCCCCCUAUGACGUGGUGCCUUCCAUGAGGCCCAUCAUCCUGGUGGGACCAUCGCUCAAGGGCUAUGAGGUUACAGACAUGAUGCAGAAAGCUUUAUUUGACUUCUUGAAGCAUCGGUUUGAUGGCAGGAUCUCCAUCACUCGUGUUACAGCAGACAUUUCCCUGGCUAAGCGUUCAGUCCUCAACAACCCCAGCAAACACAUCAUCAUCGAGCGCUCCAACACACGCUCCAGCCUGGCUGAGGUUCAGAGUGAGAUCGAGCGAAUCUUCGAGCUGGCACGGACCCUUCAGUUGGUUGCUUUGGACGCUGACACCAUCAACCACCCUGCCCAGCUUUCCAAGACCUCACUGGCCCCCAUCAUUGUUUACAUCAAGAUCACCUCUCCCAAGGUACUUCAGAGGCUCAUCAAAUCUCGAGGGAAGUCUCAGUCCAAACACCUCAAUGUCCAAAUAGCAGCCUCGGAGAAGCUGGCACAGUGUCCCCCCGAAAUGUUUGACAUCAUCCUGGAUGAGAACCAGUUGGAGGAUGCCUGCGAGCACCUAGCAGAGUACUUGGAAGCCUAUUGGAAGGCCACACACCCACCCAGCAGCACUCCACCCUCACCCCUGCUUGAUCUGCAUGGUGUGUGCCAUCUGUCUGCUAACCAGGGACCCUACCUUGCUUCCGGGGACCAGUCGCUGGAACGGGCCACCGGGGAGCACGCCAGCGUGCACGAGUACCCCGGGGAGCUGGGCCAGCCCCCAGGCCAUUACCCCAGCAGCCACCCACCAGGCCGGGUGGGCACCAUGCGGGCACUGUCCCGCCAAGACACGUUUGAUGCUGACACCUUUGCCAACCGAAACUCUGCCUACACGGAGCUGGGAGACUCGUGUGUGGAUAUGGAAACUGACCCCUCGGAGGGGCCAGGGCUUGGAGACCCUGCUGGGGGCAGCACCCCACCAGCCCGUCAGGGAUCCUGGGAGGACGAAGAAGUCUAUGAAGAGGAGCUGACGGACAACCGGAACCGUGGCCGAAAUAAAGCCCGCUACUGCGCGGAGGGCAGGGGUCCAGUGCUGGGGCGCAACAAGAACGAGUUGGAGGGCUGGGGGCGGGGUGUUUAUAUCCGCUGAGAGUUAGGGGCCACACAAUGGGAGGAAGGGCUCUGAGUCCAGGCGAGGGGAGGGACAGCGGGCUCACCGUUGUGGAUGUAUCUUGCCUGCAGGGGGCGCUGUCUCCCUCCUUUCAGAUGCCUUUGCUCAGUGUGUGGGGUUUCUUUGGUGUUAGCAUCCCAGUUCCUAGGAGUCCCUUAAGCCCCAGCUGUAGGUUUUUAUCUACCUGCUGUGGAUGGAUGGCGGGAUGCCCAACUUUCUGCAGUGUCCCCUUUCCCCACCUCAGGGGGCUCUCUCCCAGAGAAAAGGUGCACUUCCUUAACUCUUCCUCCUCGAGACUCGAAAUGAGGGCCCUAAAUGGGGCGGCCCUUUUCCUAACCUGGAGUAUUUGGGAAGAGUAAGGGGUUUUUUUCUGGAGAGGGAGACCGCAGACUCCCAUGAGAGUUAUCUUUCCCAAAACCCAGAUCCAGGGUCCCUCACCAUGCCCAGCCCUUCCCCUAGCUUUCUGGCAGCAUUGUCUGGUAGGAGAAAGCUGCAGGAUAGAAGCCCCUUGGGGAGGGGUCUGAGUAGAAACUAGCAGGCAUUAGAUGUAGUACCACCUGCCUGCCCAGGACCUAGCCCUGAGGACUGGGCAACCAGAGAUGCUGCUACCCACCCCACCACCUCCAUGCCUCAGCCUUUGCCUGCUCCAGGAAUGAGCUUUGCCUACAACAUCCCUUGCCUGCUGCCAUCAGAAGAGGGGCCCUCUGUGUCUGAGCCCCCCAUCCCUGUGUCACUUGGGUGUACAGCCCAUGGAACACUCUGGUCCGCCUCAUUUUGAAACCAAAAACUGCUUAUUCAUUCUCACCCUGAGGCCCCCAGAGAGAGGCCCUGUGAGUUGAUGCCCAAGAAAUGAUUGCCACCCAGGGGUUGCCUCGGGACCUCGGAUCUUCCCUGGGGGGCUUGGCUGCUGCUGCUGCUGCUGCUCUGUAUUUGCCUCUUGUGAUCCUGUCCUUUGUCCACUCCACUCCCUCCAGGAGAGGCCUUUGUACCCCUCUGGCCUAGAGUAUCCUGCCUAGCAUCCCCAUAGCCCAGCAGCCUUGCCCCUCCCCAGCUUUCCAGCUGGGCCAGAGAGAGCCGAUUGUGCCAACGAGGACUGGGCCUUGCCUGGCUGCCCUCUUCACGGAUGGGCACCUCAUGCCUGUCUUGCCACCUCCUGUGCCAAUGUUGUCCCACCCCCUCUCCACCUGGGGGUGGGUUGCAGCUUCCACGUACUGGUUAGAAGAGACCACUGCCCAACUUUUACCCCUUCCUGUCUAGUGUCCUGUGUCCCCUUCUGUUUGUCUGUCUGUCUGUAUUCCCCUAGAGGUAUUUUGCCACAUAUAAAACCGCCGUCCUGUCCUUUGC